AUGUACAAUAUACAAAAGAAUGUAAUUCCUUACAGUAGUAUGGUCAGCAGUGAUAACCAUUUAUUACCUGAGUGUAAUCCUGACUUCUAUGACUCAUCAAAUAAGCAUAAUUCUAGUACAUUCCAACACUAUACAUUAAAUCAUUCAGGAAAUACUAAUCAAUAUUCAAUAAAUUCAAACAGUUAUUAUUCACCUGUUUCAUCAAAUAUUGUCGAUUCGUGCUCAAUGAAUAGUUUUAAUGGUUUCAAUGAAUACAGUAGAACACAGUUAUCUCAAUCAAUCAAAUAUCACCUAAUAAAUGAUUCAGUUUUAUUUAAUAAUAACAAUAACAAUUUCAAAGUGAUUGAUUCAAAUCAAGUUGACAUACAACCUGACUCAACUGUUCCUACUCUCACUAAUAUGGAUGACGAUGACAGUCGUGAAGAGCGGGAGGAAAAGGAGAAAGAUGAUUGCGUAAUGUAUAUGAAAGGAAGAAAAAAUAAAACAUGUAAACGGCACUCCAAAUCGAUCAAUAACAAAGAAUCAACACAAAAACAAAAAUACACUGAACGCAUUCACAGUUCAAUAGAAUUAAACACAGAAUUGAUAAUAAAUACUGAGAAACCUAUAAUUAAAUCAAAAGAAAUGGAAAAUAUUUCAUAUGAAGAGGAACCAUCAAAAUCAUCAAUCACAUCAACAGGUUCAUCGUUAGUUGUUAGUUCAACGAAUAAACGAUCAAGAUCAGCAUAUACAAAUUUACAGUUAGUUGAAUUAGAGAAAGAAUUUCAUUAUUCCAAUUAUCUUGCACAACCAAGGCGAAUAGAAUUAGCUGAACAACUUGGCUUAACUGAACGUCAAAUUAAAAUAUGGUUUCAAAAUAGGCGAAUGAAACAGAAAAAGGAACAUAAAGAUAAUGAGAAAAUAAGAUAUGAGUAUUGUCCUCCUCUCUAUGAAAAUUAUAAUCCAUGGAAUCCAAAUUACCUAGUAAAUACCAAUUCUCAACAGUCAGUAAACUUCUUCCCCACUCUAUCAUCAUCAACAACAACAACAGUAAUACCACAACAAGCAUUCACUUCUAGUUCACACCCAUUAACAUUCUCCAAUCAGUCAACACCAACUUCACAUUCAUUGACAUCAACAUACAUCUCUUCUACUAAUUCUCAUCACUUAAACAACGGCACCAAUUCAAAUGAUGCAAAUAUAAAACUGUAUAAUCCAUUAAAACAAGAAAUAAUCAAUAAUUCUUUCAAAGACUGGUCAUCUGCAUUAAAUAAAAAUAAUUAUUCAAUAUCAUCAUCCUAUUCACCUUCGUCUCUGUCUUCUAAUCAUCAGUUAUCUCAAGACAGAAUGGAUUUCAGUGUUAAUUCAAGUGUAAUUAAGUUUAAUUAUGCCAAGAAAUUAACACGUAAUUAUACUACAGAUGAAAGUGAAUGCAAACAAUCAUCUUAUUUCAACAGCAAAUUACAAAAUCAAUCAUAUAAUUCAUUAGAAUCCUACAAUUUUCCAACAUCAACACACUGUCAGCAUUUCAGUUCAAAUGAGUCAUCUGUACAUCCUGUUUAUAGCUAUGAUUUUAGUCAAUGUUAG